UUGAUUUUUUUGACCCCUUGAAACCAAACCGCGUUUCCAACAGUGUUCAAAAUCGUUGAAUUACAUUCCAUAGCUGAUAGCAGUCAUAGCACAUAUACCCUUCUUUUUCUCUUCUUCUGCUUCGCCUUCUUCUUCAUCAACUUUGAAUCCUCCUCUUUUCCAUUAUAUAAUUUCUCUCCUCCCAAACACACCCCAUUUACUCUUUUCUUGUGUUUCUUCUGUCUUUAUUUUCUGGGCUUCUGUUUUCUGAAUUCAAUUACUCUUUUGAUUUCGGAACACCUUUUCUGGCCUUUGCUAAAAGGUGAAAACGUUUCUACCCUUUUCUGGGUCUACCUUUUUGGUGUCUUUCUUAUUUUCUCAGUGACCAAACAGGAGGGGAUCAGCAUCACCACCAUGGUGCUCAAGGUUUUCCUCCUCGUUCUUCUGUUAGUCUGCGGCGCCGCCGGAACCCACGAUCACAAAUCAAAGAAUGGCUCUCACCUCGCCGGAAUCGAAUUUCCGGAGCACCCCAGCUUCAAUGCGGUCACAGCUUCAGCUACUACUGGGUGUAGCAUCCCAAAUUCGAAGAAAUCGAACCCCUCACAAAAUGAAGGGUUCGACAAUUGUGAUGACGAUGUCGAUGACGACGAGGCGGAAGACGGCGACGGCGAUGUGAAACAGACGGUGAAGCUAAACCUGAAGCGCCGGUCGGCGGGCACAGAGAAGAAGGAAUCGGUGGGUGUGUCAAAAAUGAAGGACUUGGCAAGAAUUCAGACUCUCUACAAAAGAAUGACUGAGAAAAAGAACCAAAACACGGUGUCAAGGCUGAAGAAACAGCAAUCGAAGCCCCAAGUAGCACCGCCAGCGGCGGCCCCGGAGUCCUCCGCAAGCGUGUUCUCCGGCCAGCUCAUUGCAACGUUGGAGUCCGGUGUGAGCCUUGGGUCAGGCGAGUACUUCAUUGAUGUGUUUGUGGGUACACCUCCUAAGCAUUUCUCUCUUAUACUUGAUACUGGUAGUGAUCUUAAUUGGAUUCAAUGUGUGCCUUGUUACGAAUGUUUUGAGCAAAAUGGACCUCAUUAUGAUCCUGGGCAGUCCUCUUCUUAUCGCAAUAUCGGUUGCCAUGAUUCCCGGUGCCACCUCGUUUCCUCUCCCGACCCUCCUCAGCCCUGCAAGGCUGAGAACCAGACCUGUCCCUACUACUACUGGUACGGUGAUAGUUCUAACACCACCGGUGAUUUUGCUCUAGAAACUUUCACUGUUAACCUCACCAUGUCCUCUGGAAAGCCCGAAUUGAGGAGGGUGGAGAAUGUCAUGUUUGGUUGUGGUCAUUGGAAUAGAGGCCUCUUUCAUGGGGCUGCUGGAUUGUUGGGAUUGGGGAGGGGGCCACUCUCCUUCUCGUCCCAGCUCCAAUCUCUGUAUGGCCACUCUUUCUCUUAUUGUCUUGUCGAUCGAAAUAGUGAUGCUAAUGUCAGCAGUAAGUUGAUUUUUGGUGAGGACAAGGACCUCUUGAGCCAUCCGGAGUUGAACUUCACUACUUUGGUUGCUGGGAAAGAAAACCCAGUGGAUACAUUUUAUUAUGUCCAGAUUAAAUCCAUUGUGGUUGGGGGAGAGGUGGUCAAUAUUCCAGAGGAGAAGUGGCAGAUUGCCGCUGAUGGCUCUGGUGGUACAAUCAUCGAUUCAGGCACUACACUUAGUUACUUUGCUGAGCCUGCAUAUCAGGUUAUCAAGGAGGCAUUUAUGGCCAAGGUGAAAGGAUACCCAGUAGUAAAUGAUUUUCCUGUUUUGGAGCCUUGUUACAAUGUUACUGGGGUGGAGCAACCGGACCUGCCUGACUUUGGAAUUGUCUUUAGUGAUGGAGCUGUCUGGAAUUUCCCAGUUGAGAACUACUUUAUUGAGAUUGAACCAAGGGAAGUUGUGUGUCUAGCGAUUUUGGGAACCCCGCCUUCGGCCCUUUCAAUAAUUGGAAACUACCAGCAGCAGAAUUUCCAUAUCUUGUAUGAUACAAAGAAGUCUAGGCUGGGCUUUGCACCGACAAAGUGUGCUGAUGUCUGACAUUGCUAAGCAUUUGGAUGGUAGGAGGAAAGACUCUUAACAUAACAGGUGCAGGAGGGCGAUUGUCUGGUUCUUGUUUAAAGUGGUAACACAAAUGAAAUUGAAUUCAUUUUUUUUCCUUCUGUUGAAGUUCAGGUGACUGCAUACUUAUAAGCAGGGAUCACUGGUGCAUAACGGUUCCAUCAAGACAAAUUUUAAUGUAUUUAUCAUUUUAACCGCUCCACUUUGGAUCCCUUUUUGGCUUGAAAUUGUUGUUUGACGGUGAAUACUAUCAGUAAAUGACAUGUAAGUUUAUGUACAAGUUCAAUUUACAUUUCCUUUUUGUACACAUCCAAAAUCAAACUCUUAAAUGCAAGAGUUUGGUCAUAUGAUUGCUCUUA